AUGGCGGAGAAGAAAGAGAUGGAAACGGUGAAAGGCCUGGAUCUGGAGAGGUACAUGGGGAGAUGGUACGAGAUCGCCUCGUUCCCGUCGAGGUUUCAGCCCAAGAACGGCACUGGCACGCGGGCCACCUACACGCUCAACGCCGACGGCACGGUCCACGUGCUCAACGAGACCUGGAGCGGCGGAAAGAGGGGCUUCAUCGAGGGCAGCGCCUACAAGGCAGAUCCCAACAGCGACGAGGCUAAGCUCAAGGUCAAGUUCUACGUUCCCCCCUUCCUCCCCAUCUUCCCCGUCGUCGGAGAUUACUGGGUUCUCUUCAUCGACGACGACUACCAGUACGCCCUAAUCGGCCAGCCCAGCCGCCGCUAUCUCUGGGUAUGCCCCCUCUUCUACAUCUGCUUCUUCUCUCUCCUCUCUCUCUCUCUCUUUCUCUCUCUCUCUUCUUCUUUGAGGAAAAUUUCAUGGUGGCGGUGGUGUAGAUACUGAGCAGGAGAACCCAGCUGGACGAGGAGGUGUACAACCAGCUGGUGGAGAAGGCCAAAGAGGUGGGGUACGACGUGGGGAAGCUCCACAAGACGCCGCAGCUGGAUCCGCCGCCGGAGACGGCGGAGAGCCCCAAGGACACGGUGGGACUCUGGUGGUUCAAAUCGCUGCUCGGCAAGUAG